GUAUUCUGAGUGAUUCAUCUUGACGCGAUAACCCACCUCUUGGGGCGCUUUGAAUUCUGAGAAUUGUUUUGCGGUCACUUUAUAAAGCUAAAGUCCGAAGUUGAUAACAACAGUGAAUAAACCAAGAUAAUAUUUCUUUUGAAAAACACAUGAAAUACAAAGUAAUUAAUCUUAUUAGAAAUAUCUAAUUAUUAUUUGUAAUUGCCUGAGUUAUUGCCUUACAAAUAGGACAUGGUCGUAUUAAUUAACAUUCUGCCCAUAAAACGAGAGGAUAAUACAAAGUUAUUGUGCGACUUCAGAAAAAUGUUUAGUCAACCAUUUAGUCACAGUUGUUAGACCAGGGCGAAUUCAUUCGCCAUGAGUCCAGGUGUUCUUCUUCCCAAAGAUCAGUUUACUUCGAAGCACAACCACGUCAUGGCUGUGUCACCUUGGCCGCUGAUUCUGCUGCUCCUCCUGGGCUGCGCCAGCUUGAAGGUCCUCGACGAGAAGCGGAUUCGGGGAGUGCUGAGCCUGGAACGCGAUCUCCUGCACACCCUCCGUGGAUAUGCCGAGAAGCUGGAGGAGAAGAUCAGCCUAAUAAACAAUUCCCUGGAUGAGUACAUCGACGAGAUAGAAGAGGCCAAGCAGGACCCGGAGGAGUACCUGUCCAAUCCGCUGAACGCCUUCCGGUUGAUCAGGCACAUGCACCAGGAUUGGGUCGGCUGGCAGGUGUACAUGGAGGAGCAGGUGGGUCCCGAGCAGGUGGCGAGGAUGGAGCGCCUCCUGCCAAAGCUUCCUCAAAGGGGGGCCUUCAAGAAGGCGGCCAAGGAUGUCCACAGCCUGACCCGAUUCUACGGCUACGAACCCGCUGAGCUGGUGGCCGAAAACGAGAUAAAGAGCCCCCUCCAUCUCUCGCCUCUGGACUGCUAUCACUUGGGAAUGGAGCUCUACGAGGAGCACGACUACCUGGGAGCAGCCAAGUGGUUGCAGGUGGCUGCCCAGAACUACACCCGCUCGCGAUACAGUGAUCUCUUCCACCUCCUGGGGGCUCCACGCUGGCAGGUCUUUCGGGAUCUCGGCCGAACCCUUUUCAAGCUGAACCGGCAGUCCGCCUAUGCGGCAUACGAUUCGGCACUUCGGUUGAACCCCCAGAACGUCCACCUCAUGCAGGAGAUUGGCCAAAUGGAGCUGUUCAGUCUGAGGGACCCCAUGGAACCCAUUCUUGAUCCUGAGCCCAACGCCACCCUCCUGGAGAGCCAUUGUCGAGGCGACAUUACUCCACAGCAGGGUCAGCUGAAGUGCGAGGUCAACACCUGGGUCCAUUUGUUCCUGGAAUUCGCUCCCCUUAAGUACGAGGAACUCAUCCAGGAGCCGUACACCAUCGUUUACCCGGCAAGUGUCUACGAGGAGGAGAUAAGGCACAUCGAGGACGCCUACGAACAAUGUCCGCCGAGCGCCCAAUUCGAGCUGAAAAGGGGCAUCAACGGGUGUUCGGUCUCCGAUGGAUACAGUCCGGUGCUGAAGACCAUCAACGAGAGGAUCCUGGACAUGACGGGAGUGGAGGAGACCUUUGGCACCUUCUACAUAGUCGAAUACGCCCAGCUGACGACCUUCGAUCCCUUCAAACUUUUUAGGAACUCCAGUAAGUUCCGAAAACUAAACGCUAAAAAUUUGGAUAAUCUCGAUGCCACUGUAAUAAUAUUUCUGAAGGACGUGGCCUUGGGCGGGGCCAUAACCAUUCCGAAUGGAGGUCUCUUUGUGCAACCCAAGAAGGGCAAUGUGCUGAUCACCUUCCAAAAUAAGGAGCUCCCCACUACGGUUUGUCCCAACAUCGCGGGUAGCGGACUAGUUAUGAUCAAGUUUAUUUUCAAGAAAGAGGAGUAAGCGGAUUAUUUACACUGAAGCUGGGAUGCUAUUUCUCUAUAAUAAGACUACUUUAGAAACUUUAAAUAAAUGAAUCAUUCAGCCCAGGAAAAGGUUGGAGUUGCAAGA